AUGGGGGAUCGUAUGCUUCAAGAACCUCAGGGGAAUGGCAAUGGAGCCGACAUGGCUAAGCUGGUGGCUGAGCGAAACCCACCCACUUUCUUAGGGCAGGAGGACCCUUUGAUCCUCGAAGAAUGGAUGCGGGUGUUCGACAAGAUGUUCGAUGCUCUCAACUGCCCAGCCGAGCGGCGAGUAGAUAUAGCCGUUUUCUAUCUGCAGCAGCGAGCUGAUAUUUGGUGGGCUGCAGUUGGACCGAACCUGCGUCAAUCACCCGCCUUCAGUUGGGAAGCCUUUAAGGAGGCUCUAAGGGAGAAGUUUUACCCUGAGUACUUCAGGACAGCCAAGACAGUUCAGGAGUAUUACAUCGAGUUCAUCGACCUAGCAAGGUUUGCACCUACCCUGGCCCCUGAUGAGCGUGACAAGGCAAACAAGUUCAUCAGAGGACUAAACUUUGAUACUCAGAAGGGGCUCAGCAUGUUUAGAUGUCAGACUCUGGACGAGGCUUAUAGCAGGGCUGCUAGCCAUUGCCAGGUUCAGCAGCGGCAGUGGGAAGUCCAUGGAAGGGGCAAGAAAAGAAGCGAGGAAGAUCAUUCGCAGGGUGAGAAAAGGCCCAAAUACUCUAAUCCAAAUCAAAACCGGAACUAUCAAGGAAAGGGUGGGCCAAGGAAUUAUAAUGGCCACCGGAACUAUCACACACAUGCAUAA